UCACCAGCAAAUAUUGUUUAGGUAGUAUAGCUCCAAUAUUUCAUUGGCUUUCCCUAGCAUCUUUCUAACAGAAGCAGGCAAACAUGAAUAUUGAAAGAAAAUAUGACGCUUCGUUCAUAAAGUCUUUUUACAUCUCCAUUCGUCUCUUUUACCAUUAAAUAUUGAAUUUUAUUUACGUACUUGGCACAAAAGUCAAUCCUUGCAUUUUUCAUUAAAAACUGUCUGUCAAGGUUACCUAGGUAUGUGAAUAUUUGCUGCAUAAUAGAUGGGAAGAAAACCAAAUUCUCGAAGGCUGUUCUAUAAAGCUUGUUUUAAAACAUGCAGUUUACAUAAAGUAACAGAGAGUAAAAGAUGUCUUCCGCGCUUUAUCUCCUAGUCUGUUUUUGUUUCAUCUACGUUGAUUCAAAACAGUUCAUAGUUCAAACUAGUAAUGGAAAAUUACGGGGAUUUGCUGCAGAAACCGUUCUUGGUCGUGUAAUUCAGUUUCUAGGUGUCCCCUACGCCAAGCCACCAGUUGGCCCACUGCGUUGGCAACUACCCGAACCUCCCGAUAACUGGAAUGGCGUAAGAAGUGCAAAGGAUUUUGGGCCAAGCUGCCCACAAAAAUUCACCACGCAGCUUACUCAUAUUUAUCCCAAGGAAUUUGUACGUGCCCGAAUCCAAAAUCAGAAGAUUAGCGAGGACUGCCUUUUCCUAAAUAUUUAUGUUCCCAAGACGGUAGAAGUGAACAGAUAUGAUCCUCUUCCUGUGUUUGUUUUCAAACAUGGCGGAAAAUAUGAAUGGGGAUCUGGGACUGAGUUCAACGGUACCUUCUUAGCUUUACAAGGUAACAUUAUAGUCAUCUCAUUCAAUUAUCGUUUGAACAUAUUUGGGUUUCUUUCAAAUGGUGAAGCGGAACUUGGGGGGAAUUACGGAAUGUUUGACACUGUUCGAGUGCUUGAAUGGAUUCAGACCAACAUCCGGGCUUUCGGUGGAGAUCCAUCACGGGUCACUCUAGGCGGAGAAUCGGCAGGUGGCGUGACAGUGGACAUCUUUCUCUCAGUGAGUCCAAUAAUGCGAAAUCGACGACUGUUUCGGAGAGGAAUUGCAUCAGCUGGACCCCAUUUACUUCGAGGACACAAAAUCCUGAAAGGAUUGACAGUACAGAACACCAUGAAUAUCGCUUCCUUGUUGAACUGUUCAUUUCCUACCGGACAGCAAAUGGUGUCCUGUCUUCGACAGAAAACAACCAGGGAGCUGAUGUCGGCGUUUUAUCAAUAUAAAGGCGAAAGCGUAUUUUCAGGCAAUGUCCUUGUGCCUUACGGUGACGACAUUAUAAUAGAUAAAGAAGUAACAGAGUACCCGGGUCGGUAUGCAUACGGAUUAGACUAUAUGUUGGGAACAUGUCGACGUGAUAGCGGUUUCUGGUUUGGUGUAGCAGGAAAUGGAUCAGAACCCAACAUCGCGAUUGCAAAGGGAUUUACGCAGGGUCUGGUCGAGUUUCUUUACCCUGGCGUUCCUGAUUAUAUGACCGAUGUCGCAGUAUUCGAGUAUACAUCGCCUGAUAUGGAGUCAUCCCACGAGUCAUGGUUGGAACUAUGGCAAGAUUUAUUCUUCCUCGCCCCUGCAUGGGAGCAUGCUCUUCUGUGGCCAGAUAAUUCCAGUGUGUACUUUUAUGAGUUUGUUCACAAACCCUCAUUUUCGAUAUACCCUCACUACGUCAAUGGUGCCUCUCACCAGGAAGAGCUCCAUUUUUUCUUUGGUGACGUUUUGGACUCGUCACUGUUCCCUACCAAACCAACUGAGGAGGAAGUGGAACUGAGUAAACAAGUCAUGACAGCCAUAGGGAAUUUCGUCAGAUCGGGGAAUCCCAACCCCCCAAACCCUUCAAUGUCGUCAGGUACGCCACACUGGCCAAGAAUUGAUGACGUCAGGAGGCAGUACUUGGAAUGGACGGUGGAAAUGACGUCAGCAAACGUAAAGCAAGACAUGAAGCCGAGAAAAAUGGAAUUUUGGAAUGUCCUCUUUCCAAAAUCCCUCUGAGAGCAAUCGAAGAACGUACAAUUUAUAUGGUUGUACAAUGUAGUAAUGGCGGGUUUAUUAGUUUCAGUUUGGAAAAUUUAGGUUUAUUAGGUGUGAUAUAGCAAAAUGGGUGUAUUAGGUUUGAUAUAGGAAAAUAAUGGUAUUAGGUUUGAUAUAGGAAAAUAGGUGUAUUAGGUUUCAUUUAGCAAAGUCGGUAUAUUAGGUUUAUUUUAACAAUCUAGGGUUUAUUGGGUUUGGUUCAGAAACAGGGUUAAUGACGUUUUAUUUAUCAAAAGUUUUUUCCCAUUUCUGUAGGGUUAUGGUUGCAUCUGACUGUUGUCUUAUAUACACAUGUUGUUAUAAAUAUAUAUUGGAUGGAUUUCUUCAGCAUUACCACUGGUACAAAAAUUAAACGGACAUAACUGUGAAUGCUAAAAGUGGUGUUUGGAUCAUGAAUUUUAACCGCUGUCCUUACGGGUGUCUAAUAUAAAUGUCCCCUGUUGUCUGUUUCUUCAAAUUAUGGAAAAAAUUGGAUGAACCAAUUUAAAGUCGUCUGUGCCUACCAGCAGAAUUUCUGGUUUCAUUUAAUUAUUAAGCAAUGAUGAGGAGGGCAAAGAGAAAUUAACUGGUAAUCUUUCUCUAGCCUUAUGUGAUACUUACAAUUUUCCUCUCUUACAGAUUAUCUCCUCUUUGCUAUUUAUACCGGGUGGAAUCGUUUACGGACCUAGG